UCACUGCUUACGAUAUCCCCGAAAGAGUAUAAAAGAGGCAGCAACUUGCUAUAAACAACUAAAGUGCAAAUCACUGUGGCAUUAGAUCUGUACGAUGUGGUGGCUAUUAGUCACUAUAGCAGUCGCUUUGGGGUACUGGUUGCUAAUCCGUCCCCACAGGUAUUGGUUGAGAAAGGGAGUGAAGCAGGGAACUCCAGGAUUUAUUUUUGGGGACAACUGGGGAACGGUUCUGCGAAAACAGUCUUUUGCGGAUAUGAUGGCCAUGGUUUAUAACGUGUCUCCAAACACCAGGUACUCAGGCUUCUACCAGUUUUUACUACCAACCCUCCUAGUAAAAGAUCCCGAUCUUAUCAAACAAAUCACCGUCAAAGACUUCGACCAUUUUGUGGACCACCGAAGUUUUAUUCCAGGAGACAGCGACCCACUAUGGGGUAGAAACCUUUUUGCUCUAAAUGGUAAAAAGUGGCGCGAAAUGCGAACUGCAAUUAGUCCAGCUUUCACCACCACCAAAAUGAAACACAUGUUCACUUUAAUCUCACAAAGUGGUGAACACUUCAUAAAAUACUUGUCGAAAAACGACGAAAGCCUAAUUACUGUUGAAAUCAAAGACAUUUUCACUAGAAUCACUAAUGAUGUCAUCGCGAACACUGUUUUUGGAGUAGAAUGUGAUUCUUUGGAGAACAAAUCAAAUGAGUUCUACAUGAUGGGAAAAGAAGCUACAAACUUUAGUAGCUUUUGGAUGGCUCUCAGGUUUUUUGGAUACAUCUGUGUGCCUAAAUUAUUUAAGUUUUUGCAAAUAACACUCUUUCCAAAACAAGUCCUCGACUUUUUUACGAACGUAGUCAAGAACAGUAUUCAAAGCCACAAUAAACACGAUUUUGUAAGACCAGACAUGAUCCAUUUUCUCCUCCAAGCUCGGAAAAACGGGCUUAAACAAGACGAAACUGAACCCCUUCAAGAUACAGAAUUUGAAAUCAACAAAAACUCAGAAAACACAAAAGUAGACAUUACAGAUGAAGACAUACUCUCACAAGCUUUCAUUUUCUUUUUUGCUGGGUUUGACGGAGUUGCCUCACUCAUGUCCUUCAUGUCUCACGAACUUGCCGUUAAUCCAGACAUCCAAACGAAACUUAUACAAGAAGUAGACGCAAAUUUGGAAGCUUGUAAGGAUAAGCUCACCUACGAGGCUCUUCUUGGUAUGAAAUAUUUGGAUAUGGUGGUGUCUGAAACCUUAAGAAAAUGGCCCAAUUCUGUUGCUAUGGAUAGAAUAUGCACAAAACCUUACACCAUCGAGGCUAAAUACCCCGAUGAGAAGUCUGUACACUUGAAAGAGGGUGAUGUUAUUUCGGUGCCCGUUUUUGGUCUUCAUAGAGACCCGGAAUAUUAUCCAGAGCCAGAGCGGUUUGAUCCCGAAAGGUUUAGCGAUGAAAAUAAAGACAACAUUAAACCCUACACGUACUUGCCUUUUGGAUCAGGACCUAGGAAUUGUAUUGGGUCUCGACUGGCUCUAUUAGAGGCCAAAACGUUAAUGUUUAACGUUUUGUCAAAUUUCGAAUUAGUUCCAGUAGAAAAAACUCAAAUACCUAUGGUUUUAAGUAAAAAAAGUAUGAGUAUGACUGCGGAAAAAGGAUUCUGGUUGGGACUUAAGCGCCGCUCCAGAGCCUAAAUUUUUGUCACUGUGAGACAACAGCGUCUCAAAUAUAAGUUUAAGUUAACUAAUAGAGGUUGUGGGUUGUGAAACUUGGGAAACUAAUAAUAAAUGAAUCUUUUGAUGAAUAGAA